GUUGCUGAAGGGAAGAAAAGAAAAGACAAUGCAAUUUGCCUUCUCCUAUAUUAGUUGAAUUAUUUUUUACGUCAUGGACCGACGCAGUUCUUUAUGCUGAGAAAAUAAAGAUCCCCUGUGUAUGAGUCUAACACUGUUACAACACCCUGCUCUCCAGCUCUGCAGCCACUGAACAGCCAUGAAGCUGGCUCUGCACAGGAUAGCAGGCACCACCAUGAGUACAGUAGCAACGGGUGUACAGUAUCUUGGCUCCAAUGAUGCCAGCUAUGAUGACCCCUCCCUCGACUCCAGCCUGAUCAAGAGUGGAUUCCACUAUGAGAAAACCCAUUCUGCCUCAAUGGGUAGUUCCUUCCCUGCACUUGGACUUGUGUCUGGAAAUAAGGAGGUAAUUUAUAAUGGCUUCCCUCCUAUUUACCCAACUAACAUUUCAGACAUUCUGCUGGGUAAUGGCACCUCAGUGGAGAGUGGAGGCAUGACACAGUGCGGGGAGAACUUUGUAGACAACAUGGAGUGUUUUAUGAUUCUGACUCCCAGCCAGCAGCUUGCAGUAGCCGUCUUGGCUCUCACCCUGGGCACAUUCACAGUGCUAGAGAACCUCAUGGUGUUGUAUGUGAUCUUACAGUCACAGACGCUGCGCUCUCGGCCUUCCUACCACUUCAUAGGCAGUCUGGCUGUGGCUGAUCUGAUUGGCAGCAUCAUAUUUGUCUACAGCUUUCUGGACUUCCAUGUUCUCCACAGGAAGGACAGCCCUGAUAUUUUCCUCUUCAAGUUAGCUGGGGUAAUUGCCUCCUUCACAGCCUCCGUGGGCAGUCUGUUCCUCACUGCGAUAGACCGCUACAUCUCCAUCCACAGGCCCAUGGCAUACAAGCGCAUCGUUACAAAGACCAAGGCGAUCAUCGCGUUCAGUAUGAUGUGGUCCAUCUCCAUCAUCAUCUCUUUUCUCCCUCUGCUCGGCUGGAACUGCAAGCGCCUCAACUCCGUCUGCUCAGACAUUUUCCCUCUAAUUGACCAGAAGUACCUGAUGUUCUGGAUUGGAAUAACCAGCAUCUUGGUUCUGUUCAUCAUCUACGCCUACAUGUUCAUCCUGUGGAAAGCCCACCAUCAUGCUGUCCGCAUGCUGAGCCGCAGCUCCCAGAGGAGUGUCACUGUCUACACUGCAGACGGGACUAAAGUUCAGACAGUGCGGCCUGAGCAGGCCCGCAUGGACCUCCGCCUGGCCAAGACCCUCGUUCUGAUACUGGUGGCCCUCAUCAUCUGCUGGGGCCCCGUUUUAGCCAUCAUGGUGUAUGACCUCUUCUGGAAGGUGAAUGACUUCAUCAAGACUGUGUUCGCCUUCUGCAGCAUGCUUUGCCUGCUCAACUCCACAGUGAACCCUGUGAUCUACGCCAUGAGGAGCAAGGACCUGCGCAGGGCCUUCCUCAACAUUUGCCAGGUGUGUCGGGGUACAACUCAGCCUCUGGACAACAGCGGUGAAAGUGACUGGAACAGCAGGAGUGUCAGAGUCACGGCAGGCGCGGCAGCAAAAGAUGGAGAUGGAGCUGGAUCUGUGAGGACUGACAGAGUUAAAGUAGCUCAGGUUACUUUGUCUGGAGUGACUGAGACGUCGACUGCAGAGCCGGUCUGA